AUCCCUCUCCGCCCGGGUCAGGUGAUUGACGGCUCCGGCCUAUUUACAAUUCCGGGCUCCGGUCGCCCCGUAAGCUGCGCGCCCACGGGCGGCUUAAGCGGAGAUGGCAGCCACUCUGCAGCGCAUCGAGCGGCUGUCCAGCCGGGUGGUGCGCGUCCUGGGCUGUAACCCGGGCCCCAUGACCCUGCAGGGCACCAACACCUACCUGGUAGGGACCGGCCCCAGGCGAAUCCUCAUUGACACUGGAGAACCAGCAAUUCCAGAAUAUAUCAUCUGUUUAAAGCAGGCUCUGAAUGAAUUUAACACAGGAAUCCAGGAAAUCAUCGUGACUCACUGGCAUCGUGAUCAUACUGGAGGCAUAGGAGAUAUUUGUAAAAGCAUUGAUAAUGACACUCCAUAUUGCAUUAAAAAACUCCCACGGAAUCCUCAUACAGAAGAAACUAUAGGAGAUGGAGAGCAAAAAUAUGUUUAUCUAAAAGAUGGAGAUUUGAUUAAGACUGAGGGUGCCACUCUCAGAAUUAUAUACACACCUGGCCACACUGAUGAUCAUAUGGCUCUACUUUUAGAAGAGGAAAAUGCUCUCUUUUCUGGAGAUUGCAUCUUAGGGGAAGGAACAACUAUAUUUGAAGACCUCUAUGAUUAUAUGAACUCCCUAAAACAGUUAUUGAAAAUCAAAGCUGAUAUUAUAUAUCCAGGACAUGGUCCCGUAAUCCAUAAUGCUGAAGCUAAAAUCCAAGAAUACAUUUCUCACAGAAAUAUUCGAGAACAGCAGAUUCUUCAAAUAUUUCAUGAAAAUUUUGACAAAUCAUUUACAGUAAAGGAGCUUGUAAAAAUUAUUUACAAGAAUACUCCUGAGAAUUUACAUGUCGUGGCUGAACGUAAUCUCUUGCUUCAUUUGAAAAAAUUAGAAAAAGAUGGAAUGAUAUUUAGCAACACGGAUCCUGAAAAGAAAUGGAAAGCUCAUCUUUAGUUUCGUGUUAGUGAAAGUUCUGUUGUUCUGUUUUAGAUAAUGGUAUGUUUUCUUAACUAUCAAUUAUGUAUAGAGAUUAUAGAGUACAUAACAUUAAAAAUAACCAUGGAUAUACUUUAAAAUAAUAUCAUUUUUCAAAUAUAUAAUCAUACUUUACAUCUAUAAUAUGGAAUAUUUAUCUAACCUAGGUCAUGUAACAUUUUACCAAUAGUUUAUCCACUUUCAAUCAAUUAAGUAAAAUGUUUACUUUAAAAAUAAUAAAACUUACAUACUUUAAACUGG